AUGACAGGGAUGUGGGCUAGGACACCCUCCUGCCCAUCGCUGACCGCUUGCCCACCACUGCCCUCUCGCCCAACUGGCCUCUCGCCCACCAUUGCCCUCUCGCCCACUCGAACAGGCACAAGAUGGCAACGGCAGGCACAAGACGAUGAUGGCGAGCACAACAACGAUGACGACAGCUGGGGGGCACCCUUCACCCCCGCCCUUGUCCCUCAUUUGCUCCCCCAUCCUCUGCCUCACCCUCUGCCUUGUCCUUGCCUGCUUGCCCACCAUCACCCGCUUGACCAGGUAGAGGAUGGCAGUGGCAGGUGCAAGACAACAACGCCUUUGCUUGCUUGCCCCGUCCUCUGCUUGCUUGCCCUGUCCUCUGCCUCACACUCUCGUCCUCUACCUAGCCCUGUCGCCCUGUCGUCCUCUGCCCCACCUUCUUGCCCACGUCCACCCUGCGUCCGUCCCUCUGCCCCGCCCUUGCCCUCUUCCCCACCAUCUCACCAUGUCACCUGUGUUGCCCAUCUCGCUGUGUCGCCAUCUCCCCAUCUCCCCAUGUCACCCAUCUCUUGCCCAUCUCUUGCCUGUCUUGCCUGUCUUGCCCAUCUCUCCAUCUCACCCACCUCGCCAUCUCACCCACCCUGCCAUCUCGCCAUGUCACCCAUUUCGCCGUGUCGCCCAUCUCGCCCAUCUCACAGCCUCGCCUGUCUCACCCACCUUGCCCUCUCACCCACCCCACCCUCUCGCCCACCCUGCCUUCUCGCCCUUCUCGCCCCUCAGCCCCCCUCCCUCAGCCUCGUUCACCCUCUCGCCGACCUCGCCCGUCUCACCCUUCUCGCCCGUCUCCACCAUCUUGCCAUCUCACCCACCGUCUUGCCAUCUGCUCCGCCGUCUUGCCCCUCUCCGUUCGCCCCUCCUCACCGUUCGCCCCUCACCCUGGCCAGCACCCACUCGCCAACAAGCAGCCCAAGCACGAGGGUGAGCACAAGGAGGGGGAGCACAAUGAACAGACAGGAGGAGCAUGAGAAGGGGGGAGAACAGGAGGAGGGGCAGAGAGCAGGAGGACAGCGACAUGUGUACAGCGAGCAAGGCGGCGCUGAAGUGAACCCAAGGGCAACCAGAGGUGCCAAAGCCCAACACGAACACAGAGCAACACGAGCAUGGCAGCAACACAAGCACAGCACCGACAGAGUACGGCCAUGGUAG